GAAUCAAUCGUUUCAAUGGGAACUGGACCCGAUCAGCCCACACCGCACCCUAAUUACCCCAAGACUUCCCAAAGAAAACCCAGGAAGGAGAGGUUUAGUUCGCAUUACGACAAUACCUCACCGUUCCCAAUCGUAAGUAUGAAGGUGCGAUCAUCAGUGAAAAAGAUGUGUGAAUUCUGCAGAACCGUUAAGCGCUGUGGACGGGUAUAUGUACUAUGCACUGCCAACCCUAAGCAUAAGCAACGGCAAGGCAUGUCCACAUUUGCUUCUCAAGGCACAUUGCUUCCUUCGACGACAGAGACAAAUGUCAAGCAUGCAAUUUUGCCCAGUUACAGCAUGCGGCCGGGACUAGCAUCCCUUCUUUACGGAAGGCAAGAGCCUUCAUUGAUGAUUGGAUGGAGGGCUAACUUGGCAUCUCUCUUAUUCAAACGUGGAAAUUAGGGGAACCAAAUUACAGUUGUGGACUUGAUAUUCAACUGAUGCUGCUGAAGCUAGGAUUCUAUGAAUUUGUUUUCCAUUGCUAUUAUAUUAGUGAAUAGUGAUACCGUAUUUGGAAUUAUCUUCGGUAUUUUGUUUCAUCAUGGUGCUGUACUUAUUGUUGCAGUCCUAAAACAACUGUUGAAACACAGAUAUAGUUGAAAUGGCAGUGCCUUUUGAGUCUUUGUGGUACGUGGGAUUGCAUUUAUGCGCACGCCUUGGGGUGCAUGCGGAUAAGAACCAAGAGCAGCCUGGGAUUAUUGAGAAAUUGGUACGAGUGUUCUGUAACCAAUCUAUUUCUUGGAUUUAUUUUAUCCAUGUUUACCUGGAAAUGAAACAUAAAAGCAGUAAAGGCAGAGGAGAUCGUGGAGCUCUUUCAUCCUUCUCCCUUGUGUUUCCUGCAUUUUGUUUAAGGAUGGGAAAUGGGAGAUGCCCAAGCCCUAACCAUGCUCUGCGCAUGGAAGAAAGAAUGCGCUUUCUUUUAUGGGGGCGCAUUGACAAUAAAGUCAAUGUGUAAACAUUGAGGUUCACUUCUGCCUAUUGAAGGCAAAGAAGAAACCAUUUAAUUUCUUGUGGAUUCGAUGGCCAGCAAUGUUUCAAGUGCUUGCUUUGGCAUACACAUCGGGGCACUUUCUUGCUCUUGGAGCCUGGGGUUUUACUAUUGAUAAUAACUUUAAGAUAACCAAAUUAUGUAUAAUUGUUAUGGGAGGUGGUGACAUUGUUCGAAUAUGUAAAUGGGCAGACAAAAAUAAAAACAUUGUGUAAUAAUAUCAAU